ACAACUAAGAUUGAUCCAUACCUCCAGAAAGAUAUCGGCUAAGCAACAGAUGGUUUCUCGAUAAGACUAUGAACACAUUCUAUAGUUUUUCAUCCAUGAUGUAAGGACCUACAAUCCAAUACAAAUGUAGUCCUGUAUACCUGGUAUUAUGACUAUGUCGGAAACAUAUAGGACACAUGCUACGUUCAGUGGUUGAAUUCGUCAUUUACCUACACGCCAAAAAAUUACUUUCAUCAGAAAACUGGAAAAAUCUUGAAAUUUUCUGAACAGUUUGUGUUUAAACACUUUGGAAUGAUCCUGGAAAGAAUUCGUCAUGUUUUUCUUAUCAACGUUGCUUUCAUCCUUUUUUCAUUGUUUCCCUCAACUAAAAGUGAAACUAGAGGACUACAUUUCCUGAAAAACUGUGGUCAAUACAAGGUCAAGGAUGUGAGCUCAGAACUCUCAUACAUGGUCACGUGGCAUGGAGAACAGAUGCCCUCGCCGUCCUGUAAACUGGGGUUCUCCGGGCCGAUAGCAGACACCAUAUACACGAGGUCCGUCUGUUACGACACGAUAUCCUUCCAAGUCAAGGACUGCAAAGUAGUAUUACAGUUUUCUGAAGAGAAUGGAAUGAAAGCCUCGAACUAUUCGUGUACCCACAAGCCUAGAGUUUGGUGCGCAGAAAACAAUCAGAUUGCCAAUAUCGACCUCAUGGGAGCGAAUCUAAACUCUUUCAACACAUCCUCAUUCAAAAUUCUGGUAACAGCACAAAAGAAAAACACAUUGUUGUAUUUGAAGAUUGGGAUCAGUGUUGGGCUUGUCUGUCUCUGUGUUACUGGCAUUCUUGUAGCCGUGUGCUGUUUCAAAAAUCAACAAAAAAAGAAAAGGGACUCUGAGCUAGAUUACACCAGGCUGACAGAAUAAACACAACAUUUUUCUGUUUAUAUGUUCUUGAUUCUGAUUAUGAGAGAAUGAGGGUGUGUGUGAGGGUGAGUGUGUGUGUGUUUGUUUUUGUUUUUUUUUUUAGUUAAAAAAAAAAUCGAUUCAUUUACUUUAUACAUAUGUUGCAUAUUUUCUGAUAUUUGGGAUUAUAUUUUAAAUGAUAACUUUAUAUGUUUUUUUUUCUUCUAGAUGUAUAUAGUU